GAAAUGCCCUUGGUGCUGAUGCUCUUCUUGAUAGAACUCAUGCUGAUCUGGCAUGGGACUUCACUAUGUUGCGUUUCUAUAACAAUCCAUUUCCAGAUCCCUCCGAUUACCCAACUGCAAGUACACUACCCCCUACAGCAAUUAAGGCGCUACUAGAUUUAGGCGCAGAUCCUUUAGCCACUGAUAAUAAAGGGAAACAUGUACUCCAUCAUCUACUAGAAGCUGAGGAUAGAGAUCGGACACCUAUAAUACGGCAAUCCCUCCGUUAUUUAGCCUCUCACUUUCCAACUCUAGUCAAUCAACCCGAUUCCAAUGGAAUGUAUCCUCUGCAUACAGCGAUGCAACGUGUACGAAGACUCCGUGAUGGCGGACGCAUUGAAAUAACUGAUCCAGAGUUCUCGGUCGCCGAUCUCAUUGCCGCAGGUGCCAACCCUCACGUUCGUGACGCACAUGGCAACAACGUACUGCACUAUAUUGCUGAUUUGGGUGAUAUGUUGACAAAUAGUGGUUUGACCGAAAUUGAUAUGACCUUUUCUGGCGAAUGGAGCGCUACAAUAGGGUGUCCAGCAGCAGCCCGGCGUCUAUUCGAUAUACUGCUUGACCAAGGCGUGGAUGUAAAGGCUCGCAAUGAUGCCGGGCAGACGCCCAUGCGCAUAUUGCUUGAUAGCGGUGGUGCGUGGAUGGCGAAACGGGGGAGGUGGAGGGGAGCAAGUUCUAUUUACUCCAGCAUGGAAAUCGAGAAGCUUGCAGAUGAGACAGAGGCCAAGGUAUUUGAUAAGUUUGGGGUGGCAGGAGUUGACUGGAAUGAACGUGACGAGCAGGGCAGAACUUUGUUGCAUGCCGUUGCCGCACAUGAUAAUAGGAGAACUGUAUGGAGGUGCAAGUAUCUUCGAGACAGAGGAGUAGACCCGUUGAUCCGUGACAUGUAUGGGAAAACCGCUGUGGAUUUAGCAUGGGGGGUGGACCGGGUUGUUGAGGCGUUGCAGGAUAACGACGCUAAGGACUGAAGGAAUAGCAAUGGCCUUGAUAGCUAUGUGUUACUACAACCUAUUUGGCUUUUUCUAGUCUUUUAUAUAAUA